AUGUCCUACGACCAAACCUCACGCAAGAACGACAACGUAGAUCGCGGAAACAAGGACAGGAACCCGGCAGGGACCGCGAUCUUUGUCGCCGCACGACUCUUGGAGCCAGGCCUCCAAUAUGCCCUUCUCAAAAACGAUAUCGGCCGACCGCUCAUCCGCCUCCUACGGGGCUCGACGCUCCCGCCGGGCCCUCCUCUCCUGACACGCACCAUCUUCGAUCACCUCGGCCUCUCCCCGUACCGAUCGAUUCUCUUGGGAAUGAGCUUGGGCGCCAUGGUGAAGCAGAACUAUCACAUGACCAUGAUCCAGCAAGAGAACAUGCCACCCGCCACCGGUCUCGUGAUUGGCGCCUUCAAUGCGGUGCUGAACAGCUUGAAUUCCCUCUUCUUCGUCUGCGCUCAGACUUCGGCCAGUGCGAAUGGAGAGCAUUUCCCGCAGACCCCCCUGAUGGUAGGCUCCACGCUGUACAUCUCUGGAAUCGUGAUCGAAUGGCUAUCCGAGCAGCAGAGACAUGCCUUCAAGAGGAAUCCCCAGAACAAGGGCGUGAUAUAUGAGGGGGGACUGUUUGGCUUGGCCCGGCACAUCAAUUACUUUGGAUAUACGUUGUGGAGGACGGGAUAUGCUGUUGCGGCGGGUGGAUGGCUCUGGGGCGCUGUGGUAGGCAGCUUCUUUGUGUGGUCCUUUGCGCAGGGCGCGAUUCCCGCUCAGCAGCAUUAUCUGGAGGAGAGGGUGAGUCGCCGCGCCCACUACACCACCGCUGCACAUGUAUCGCGAUACUAAUCUCUUCCAGUAUGGACCUCAAUUCGACCACUACAAGCGAGUCACGCCCUACAAGCUCAUUCCGUGGGUCUACUAG